GCACCAAUUACAAAUCCAAAUAUUAAACUCAUCCGGGUCAGUCAGUCAAUUUGCGCACCAUCAAACACCUCCACACACCACCAUGACCUGGUGGUGGUCUACAAGUCUGCCAUUUACAACUUUGAGGACCGACAAAAGCUGCGCACCGAGUAUGCACAGCUUGCGGAGGUGAGCGGCAAUCGGAUCGCCAUCGUCUUCUCCGUGGGACUGCCUCGCACAUCUGGUGGAAACACCUUCCACAUGAAUGGCUUCUCCAUUCGCUUGCCAGAACGCGCUGGCGCUGUGCUCAGGGAUUGGGCUGGACGCCGAGAGGAGGCUCUGCGCCGGGUUCACGAGGAAGCAGACGUCUACGAUGACCUCAUCCUCGGUGACUACGAGGACACCUAUGUGAAUUUGACCUACAAAAUGAUUACCAACUAUCGUUGGGCGUCGGCUUUUUGUCGUGGGAAAGCGGACGCCUUUCUCUUCCUGGAUGAUGACUAUCGCUUCAGGUAG